UGCACCGAGCAUAUUUGGUUCGUCGAUCGCGCGCAGAAACCCGAGGAUUUGGAGGUUAUUACGCACGGCGGCGCCGGAGCGUUUCGUUGACUUUGAGGCGCGCAGAGCUGAGUUUGAGGCGUCGGCAGGAAUGUGGGGGAUCCACAGGUCGCGUUACACGGAUUGUAACGGAUCUGACGCCAGCGAUGAAACGGAGAUUGUUGUUAAUAUCGGCGGGGUGAAACAGGUGUUGUACGCAGACGUUUUGAACCGAUUCCCGGACACCCGCUUGGCGGAACUGGCGAACAGCUCACUCAGGAGUUCUGAAGAAAUUAUUCUACUUUGUGACGACUACGAUCCGGACACGGGAGAGUUUUAUUUCGACAGAGACCCCGAGGCGUUUAAGUGCAUCAUGGAGCUGUAUCUGUACGGAGAGAUCCACAUGAAGCGCGGCAUCUGCCCGAUGUGCUUCAUGAAGGAGAUGGAGUUCUGGAGAAUCGGUUCCGACUUUCUCGACGAGUGCUGCAGGAGCCACCUGAAGGAGGUGGAGGACGAGCUGGCGGAGAUCGCUGAGAAAGUUAAGACCAUCCUGGUGGACCGGGAAGGAGAUCCGUCCGCGGGCGGCUGGAGGCGCGUCCGGACGUGUCUGUGGAGACUGAUGGAGAAGCCGGAGUCCUCGCUGCCCGCGCACGUCGUCGCCAUCGUUUCUUUCAUCUUCAUCCUCGUCUCCUCCGUGGUGAUGUGCGUGGGGACCAUCCCGGACCUGCAGGUGGAGGAUUCGGAAGGUAACCUAACGGAAAACCCGACUCUGGAGCUCAUCGAGACCGUGUGCAUCGGGUGGUUCACGGUCGAGUACGUGCUGCGCCUGAUCUCCUCACCGAACAAAGUCAAAUUCGUCCUGGCCUUCAUGAACAUCAUCGACUUCAUGGCGAUCAUGCCCUUCUUCGUGGUUUUGAUCCUCACCUCCUUCGGCGCAGGAGUGAUGGAGUUGGCCAACGUGCAGCAGGCGGUGCAGGCUUUACGCAUAAUGCGCAUUGCGCGCAUUUUCAAGCUGGCGCGCCAUUCAUCCGGACUCCAAACCCUCACGUCCGCCCUGAAGAGCAGCUUCAAGGAGCUCGGGCUGCUUCUCAUGUACAUGGGCGUCGGGGUGUUCCUUUUCUCUGCACUGGGUUACACCAUGGAGCAGAACCACCCGGACACUCUGUUCACCAGCAUCCCCCAGUCGUUCUGGUGGGCCGUGAUCACCAUGACCACCGUGGGCUACGGAGACGUGUAUCCGAAGACCACUUUAGGUCGGUGCAACGCUGCCAUCAGCUUCCUGUGCGGGGUGAUCGCCAUCGCGCUGCCAAUUCACCCCAUCAUCAACAAUUUCGUCAUGUUCUACAACAAGCAACAGGUGCUGGAGACCGCCGCCAAGCACGAGAUCGAGCUGAUGGCGCUGCGCUCCGCCGGCGAUCGCGACCUGAAGGCGCCACAUGGACCGGAGAAACACGUGGGCUGCGCAGGUGUGUGGCCCAGUGACACCUUCAUCCCCUUACUGAAGGAUCCCAGAGGAGGUGCUGCUGCAGGGAUCCGGACCCCCAGCGUGGACACCAGCUUUGACAGCGGAGGCCACUGAAUGAAGAUGUCAGAAACACGUGGUGCUUGAAGGAUAUGUUCAAAGUUAACCUGCACAUUGCAGCGUUACUGGUGUAAAUAAAACAACAGGACUGUAGUCAUCAUGUUCAAAACGAGAUAUUUUAGUCAUCAUGGAUGAUCUAGUUAUUAGUUAGAACGUGUGCUGGCUGCUUAAACCCUUCAUCGCUCACUCCCACAUUUAAAGAGAUGAUUUUAUAGGGGAGACCGGAACAUUUGUAACAAUUUGUUCUGUUGUAGAGUUUUUGUGUUAUAGCUC